AGUGAAAAUAUGUUUCAAAUUGAAAUUUUCAAAAAAAGAUAGUAGCUGUGGGUUUUAGGGCAUUGCUAACGAUGAAGUAUUAAAGUUGUAUCGUUUGAAUGCAUUUUUUUUGUUGGCAUCAGUCACAUUACUUGACGUUUUUCCGGGCUAUCAUCUGAGGAGCGGUCUUCGGCGCAUGCGUAGCCCUUCGCGCCAACUGCUCGGUACAGAUGGCAGAUGUUUGUAACCGGUGCAGGAAUGAACACGCCGAUCAUUUCUAGCCAAUAUUCGACAUUUUUUUACUGAGCAAUCGAAAAAAAUACAAUUCCGAAAUUGGUACCAUUCGAAAGAUCGUUUUUUGUAGAUUUAAGUCGUGGUUUGUAAUCCGUUUUCCGUUGAUCACAAGUUUUAUGGUGAACCGUUUUUGAGAUGUGGGCACAGCUGCUCCUUCAAUUAUGGCUUGGCAACCAUUUUCAGUAAUAUUUUAAAUGUGCUGUUUUUUUUAAAUUAGUUGGUAAACAGUCCUUUAUUGGAGCUUUCGGGAUUAUAAUGAUCAAGUUUUCUAGUGCAUCAAACUUGAAAUUGUAAGUAUCUAACCAUUCUACUGUAUACAUUUUCCGUUGUACAUUAUGAUGGCGUUCGCGUGCGAGAGGGCGGCGUUACGUGUUUGUAUGCGAAGCAAGCGCCGGGGGGUUGCUUAUGUUGGGGUUGCGUUGAUUUAAUCAAACUUCAUAGAAUAUGUUCCGAAAAUAGUGCGAGCACAUUUUUUCCAAAUUCCAUGCCAUACUGUAUAACCUAACGUACUUAACUUUGUAGUUAUUUGCUUGGGAUUUUCUUGCGUUUAUUAACUGAAAUUAGGGUUCUGUUGUUUGUUGGUGCACGGGUGAUUUAUUUUACAGUCAAAUGUUCGAGGGAUUUUACUAAAAAGGUCGUAACGAUCGUGAUUUUCAAAAACGAACCUGCUUUUUCCUCCAUUUUGGUUAUUUGAAAUGAAUUGACGUAACAAGAAACCUAUUUCGCUAUGCACCGAGGAACUUGCCGAUCUACUAUGGAGAGCCCCAGGGGGUAUCGCGUAGUACCGUCGAGUUCUACCCCUGACACGGAUUCGAAGAAAUGGUCCAUGAAAGAAGAAAUAACGGAAACGACCCCCAGUCCACACUUGUUAGAUCACGGCUAUGGGGCUACACCACAGAGCCAAAUCAUAUCCUCGGCGAUACCCAGCAGUGCUCCGACAGUAAAAAGAAAACUUAAUAUGGACACGCAGCAUGUCGUCGUUCCUAUAAAGCCUGAGUUCAAGGCACCACAACCUAAAAAACAGAGAAAGAGCUCUCCUACAAAAAAGAACACUCGUUAUGAUACUUCUUUAGGGCUGCUCACCAAGAGGUUUAGACAGCUUCUAGAGGUUUCAUCUAACGGGGUGGUAGAUUUAAACAAAGCUUCAAAGGAAUUAGGGGUUCAGAAGAGGAGAAUUUAUGAUAUAACUAAUGUUUUGGAAGGCAUAGGCAUUUUGGAAAAGAAAUCUAAAAACAACAUACAGUGGAAGGGUGGUAGCAAGGGUAGUCAUGCCUAUAGUUGUCUUCAAGAUGAAGUGAGGGCCUUGGAAGACAGAGAAAACAAACUGGAUCAGCUAAUUAAGUCUGCUGAGACAGAACUUCACAAACUUAGCAAAAAUAGAAGGUAUGGGUAUGUGACCUAUCAAGAUUUGAGGUCUAUUGGACGUUACAAGCACAAAACUGUGAUGGCUAUUAAAGCACCUCCGGAUUCACAGCUCAUUGUGCCUCAGGACCAUGAUGAUGGGUACAAAAUGCAAAUGAAGAGUGAAACUGAUGAGAUAGAAGUUUUUCUGUGUCCAGAGCACUUUUCACCUCCUAAACCUAAGCAAAUACCGCCAAUGGAUCCCUUAUUAAAGGAUAUUAAAGACAUUAAACUUAGUCCAGGACUGUUGAGUAUUGCCACACCACCUGUGCCCUUAUUUGAUAGCCCUACACCACAACACAAGCCAGUUUCUUCUGAGAUUUGUCGUAAUUUGUCGUUUUCGAAGGAGUCCGGUUAUCAUCCGAAUAAUUCAAAAAGUCUUACGUUCGGUAAUUCGUCCAAUUCGCCUUGCAAGAGCGAGGACAGCAUCAGUUCGGACAUAGACAGUUUAACGAUGUCGCCGGGUCCGUUACGAUCCUACAUCGACGGUUUCAUGCCCACCAGUAGCAGUACCAAUAUUUUGGAUUCUUGUACAAUGCCAAGCACCAGGAAGCUCAAGACUAUGCUUAUAAACGAAAGCGAAGAUUUAGGGCCAUUGGACGGGCGGCUUUCAAUUGACAGUGACGACCAUAGUAGCACAGGUAUGGACCCGAUUCUUUGUCAGGAGCCGUUCUUGCCGCUUGAGCCCUUAUCACAUUCCGAGUACAAUUUCAGUUUAGAUGCGUGCGAGGGUAUAGCGGAUCUCUUCGAUCUUUUUUGAGCGAAGAAAACCUGUAGUAGUUUUUUCUUAAUUUUUCGUUUUUAUCGAAAUUGAACUAACUAGCUGUUAAGACUUUGUACAAAGAAACCUAAGAAAAAAGAGUGAAUGUCAUAGAGAGAUAGAGAGAGAAAUAGAGUGAGAGAAAGAAAAGCAGCAGUGAGUAAUUCAUACGAGUUGUUUUGUUAGUAGUAUUAUUUUUUGAGACCGUGUUUUAUUCGUUUUUCUUAUCCGUAUUGUGUUUGCAUGCCACGUUUUCCACGAAAACGGUUGGCUUUCUGACUACGACGGCCGUCUAUGUAACUAGCUCGUAGUUGUACUAUUGUGUAAAGACUAGUAACAAAUUUAAGAGAAAGAAUAAAAACCUGGACGAGGGAGGCCUCCUAUGGUGGCAUUGCGUUUCCCUUUCCGCACUAUCUGUGUAACAAGAACUAGACGAGCGCGUUACAAGUCUUAGACAUUAACCACCUUUUGUUUACAAUGAUAACGAACCGUGAUGGUAACACGGGUGAGUUUCUUUUCAAUUAUUUCCUUUCAUUAGCAAAACAAAAAGUAAGAAAUGAUUUAGUGUUAAAUGUACGUUAACUAUUUAUUAUAUAUUUUUUAAAGAAUUUAGACUAAAUUACCCAAAGUUGAAUGUAGCAUCUUCAGAAAAUUUUAUGCCUAUAAUUUAAGAACCUUUAAUCGUCGAUUAUUUGUUUUUUUGUUGUUGAAUUAUAAAGUUAUUAACCACUAAAUAAAUGUUUUACAUGUUAAUGUUUAAGUAUAAAAAAAGGCAGUUAAAUCUUAUUGGAUUCAUUAUGUAUUUUUAGGUAAUUAAUUCAAUUAUUGAUAUUCUUUUCCAAUGAUUUCAUUGUAUUGUAGAGAAUAUUUUGUGCUAAAAACGGUUUGUUAUCAGAGUAAAUAAAAGGUUAAAAGAAAUCUACAUUUAAAUAAUACGAUGACGGUACGAAAAAAUUCUUAUUUGACCAAAGUGCCUAUUUUGUUUGGUCUCUACAUUAUUAUCACUAUUAUUAUUUUUUUUUACUCCACUUCCUCAAAAGAAAAGUUUAACAAUUCACCAAAAAGGCUGGAUCUUUUUCAGCGCGCAAAAGCAUCGACAAUAAUAAAAAAUAAAUACUAGCCCACAUGAAUAACGUGUUUUUAUAGAGUGGACGGAUAAGGAAGUGAUUCCGUUUCAUUUUUCGUUAAGCGCAAAUUACUUGUACAGUUAGAAAUGUAAAAAGACUUUGAGAAAGAGAUAUAUAUAAAUCUAUUGAUGUUAUCGAUGAUUUUGUGUGCUGGCAAAGAUACGGUACCAAAAAGACAAUUUCGGUGUACAUUGUUUUUAAAAUAAUUUAUUCGAGUAAGAUUAUAUUAUCAAAAAGUACUUUUAAUAUUAUAUUAUUAUAUAAAUUUAUGUUUUACAUUCUGUUUAUUGUUUGUUUUUUUUUUUUGGUAUAGUUCGGUGUAGUUCUCGUUCUUAUGUAAUGGAAGAAAAAGUAAAGUAAACCGAUAGAUUUUAAAUAUCGAAUCAAAUGGUGCCAUUUCGGUAAUUACGUUCAAGUAAUAUAAUACAGGGUGUCUGAGGAAGAUAUUUUUUCUCGCACAUCGAAAUAAAAAGUAAGAAGAUUUCGAGCGAUUUAUUCCGUUUGAAAAAGCGAAGAAUCAAAAUUUGUAACGACUGAUGAUAAAAUUGUAUAAAAUUUUAGUCUGUUAUUCGUUUGUAUCGUUUUUUCUUUGAUUUAAGGAAAAAGAAAGAUAAACAAAAAUUGUUUACUUUUGAGGCUCGAAAGUGUAAAAAUUACUAUAAUACAACAAUGUAAGGGAUGUUUAGCAGCAGAAACAAAGUGGAAAUGACAACGUUGAUAUACAUAGGUAUAGCACUUAUAAUUUUUAUAAAUGUCUUUGUUUUCUGCAAAAAGCAAAAUAAAACAGAAUGAGUUUUUUA